CUACUCUACAUCUCGAAUACAUCAUGCCCAUCAUCAAUGCCUUUACAUUACAAAAGAAAUAUCCUCAACUAGGAGUAAACGAUAUUAACUCUCUUAUUGAUCAGUUUGAAGCUUGCGACUUGGACGGUGAUGGUUAUCUCGACCAAGGAGAGAUUCAACAGGUUUGCAAGAGUACCGGCUAUAGUGACAGUUAUGAUGAAAUCCGUGCAACACUUAAGCAAGUGAGCACUAGCGCCACCAGCAAGAUUGAUGUCGAAGAGUUUAUUGACUUGGCUGCUAGACUCAAGGCUGGUAGCAACAAGGGUGCGUUUGAUGUCCACCAACACAAGAUCAAGGUUCAUGGUACAAAUUCCAACGCAACCCACACCAUAAACGAAGACGAGCGAACCGAAUUUACACGCCACAUCAACAGUGUCAUGGCAGGAGACCGUCACAUUGGUCACAGACUUCCUAUCCCUACCAAUACCAUGCAAUUGUUUGACGAGUGUAGAGAUGGUCUUAUUAUGUGCAAGCUUAUCAAUGAUGCUGUGCCUGACACCAUUGAUGAGCGUGUACUGAACGUAUCAAAAAAGAUGAAUAACUUCCAGAUGGUAGAGAACAACAACAUUGUAAUCAACUCUGCAAAGGCUAUUGGCUGCUCAGUUGUCAAUAUUGGGCCUACCGAUAUUAUUGAGGCACGCGAACACUUGAUUCUCGGUUUAAUUUGGCAAAUCAUCAAGCGUGGUCUGUUGAGCAAGAUUGACAUCAAACUUCACCCUGAGUUGUACCGUCUGUUGGAAGAGGACGAGACUUUGGAUGAGUUUUUGCGUCUUCCCCCAGAUCAGAUUCUCUUGCGUUGGUUCAACUACCACCUUAAGGCUGCAGGUUGGGAGCGCAGAGUAAAAAACUUCACAAAGGAUGUGUCUGAUGGUGAGAACUACACUAUUCUGCUGAACCAGUUAAAGCCAGAAAUAUGUUCGCGUGCUCCACUUCAGGAAAGAGAUGUUUUGCGCAGAGCGGAACAGGUUCUGGAGAAUGCAGACAAGAUUGGUUGCAGAAAAUACUUGACUGCUUCGGCCAUGGUUGCUGGCAACCCUAAAUUGAAUUUGGCGUUUGUUGCUCAUCUGUUCAACACCCACCCUGGAUUGGAUCCUCUUUCUGAAGAGGAAGCACCUGAAAUUGAGCCAUUUGAUGCUGAAGGCGAACGUGAAGCUAGAAUGUUUACUCUAUGGUUGAAUAGUCUCAACGUUGAGCCCGGUGUUUAUAAUUUGUUUGAGGAUCUCAAGGAUGGUGUUGUACUUCUCCAAGCGUUUGACAAGGUUGUUCCGGGUAUUGUAAACUGGCGUAUGGUUAGUCGUAAGGAGCCAAUCUCUCGCUUCAAACAGAUCGAAAACUGCAACUAUGCGGUUAUGCUUGGGCAGGAGCGCCGUUUCUCGUUGGUUGGUAUCCAGGGUGCCGAUAUUGUUGAUGGACAGCGUACCUUGACUUUGGGUUUGGUGUGGCAGAUGAUGCGUGAGAACAUUGUCCAUACCCUCAACUCCCUAACAAAGGGUGGUCGUCCUGUUUCAGAUCAGGACAUGGUUCGUUGGGCCAAUGAAGUGGUCCAGCGUGGUGGAAAACAAACCAAGAUGACUUCGUUUAAGGAUCGUUCUCUGCGUACCGGUCUAUUCUUUUUGGAUGUUCUUAAUGGCAUUAAGCCUGGAAUUGUGGACUAUUCUAUGGUUACUCGUGGUCAGACUGACGAUGAUGCAUUCAACAAUGCCAAGCUGGCUAUCUCUAUUGCACGUAAAUUGGGCGCCACAAUCUUCUUGGUUCCAGAGGAUAUUGUCGAAGUCAGAGCCAAAAUGAACUUGACAUUUGUCGGCAGUUUGAUGCUGUUGGACAGACAAUCCAAAAACUAAGAUAGUAAUGCUGACUAUAACAGCAACCAAUGGAUUCUUUUGCUCUUUGGACACCACCAUCACCAAUAGCAACAACACUCUUUUCUUCCUCUUUUACUUCUUUUAUUCAAUAUUUGUGUAUUCUAUAAUCUCCAUAUAACUUGUAAUCAAUAAAGCAACAAAACAAUAAAGCAAUAUUCAAAUAGACUAUAAGCUAU